AGGAAAAUAAAAACCGAAUCGGAGAAAGCAGAGAGAGAAAGAUCGCCGUAGGACAGAGAUGGGGGUCGUGGCGGGGAUCGGAGUGCUUCUGCCGUUUCCGUUCUAUUGGUGGCUAUGGACGAAUCCUCAGGCAUGGGUGAAUCUCUGCGGCAAAGGAAGGGACCCUUCGAAGGUGAUGGCGCGUGUAUCUCACGCCCUCAAGUUGGCUCAGCUCCUCUCGCUCUUCUCCGUCGCAUCUCUCUCUUGGCCUCCGCCCUUCUAUUUCUGGCCUCUCAUGGGAUUCGGACAGUUUCUCAACUUCAGGGUAUAUCAGUUGCUAGGGGAGUCUGGAACUUACUACGGUGUGCGUUUCGGGAAGAACAUCCCGUGGGUGACGGAGUUCCCGUUUGGAGUCAUAAGAGACCCACAGUACGUCGGGAGUAUAAUGUCGCUCUUGGCAUGCCUUCCCUUCGUACCUUUCCAGUACAUCUUCCUAUGGUGUCUCGGCUAUGGUUUCAUGAUGCGCGUGGAGGCAGACGAGGAUCAGAACAAUCGGGCCAAACCGCUUUCUUGACGGUUGAACGUCUUCUUUUCCCUGCAAAAACACACCCGGAAAGAGUUAUUCCUGUUGCUCCUUGCUAGGUUGUGCGCUGAGUUCAAAAUCUCUACGCUCAUUUAUUGCGGCAUCGGAACUAAGAUUGUUUACCAAAACAUUUGAUUUUAGAUUUUAUCAGAGAAAAAGAAAUGCCGGAACCGGGGAAUGAGUUGGAGAUAUGGUUAUUUAAUAUCAAUAACGUGCUCAUGCUAAACAAUUAAACCAAAAGGAUAGGAAAAUUAAUCUUAGAUCUUGUCACGCCGAACAUAUUAAAACAAGGUCUCCCGUGAAUAAUAUAAAGGUCACGGAUUGGUUAGCGUUGUGAUUCAUCAUAUCAUAGUGAGAGAUGGAAGGUUGCCGCAGUUUCGGAGGAAACGUCUCCUGCUUAAGGAUUCGUAGGAAUAUGCUCGAGGGGAGGCGGGAGGAUGUGGUAGACAGGAUACAGGGAGAUGACGCUCGGAGUUUUGGGCGACUGGUUCCCCUUCCCGCGGUCAGUGACUGGAUUUUACGAGCGGGGGCUGCCUUGGACGAAGCCGAUGCUCUGCUUCUUCGCAUCAAAGGCUCCGAAAGCUUAUUCUCGGAAUGUCGUUAUGGAAAGAAGGUAGUCAAUAUGCAUAAAGAGUUCGACAAACUCUUCGAGGAAGGAAGGUUCAAGGAGGUGACCAGCAAACUCCCGGUUCAGCCUCUACCGAGCGGACCCAAAAUAUGAUAAUAAGCAAGGGCAUUACUUUUAUUAUACGGCAUUUAAUAGUUCAGCAAAAUUCCCAUUCCAAUUGUAACUUGUUUACGUACUUACGGCCACUGUAUGAGAUUCGGUCUUUGCUUCUUGUCGCUUAACUUGCAGGCUGUUAUGUGCUUCUAAAGCCCAUACGUUUGGGCAUAUGAGAUUGCUUGUUUGAA